UCGAUGUUUGAUUCGGAAAGAAAAGCAUACACUAAAACACAAUUCAGUGUGUUUGUGCAAAUACUCUGGAGUCAGAGCGUCCUGGGCAAUAGAAUGAAAUACCUUUUUGGGUGUCAGAAUUUAGUGGAAAGGGGAUUCUAGGCAUUUUGUAUUUAUUUCAGUGUGGCACAUUUUUCAGGUUUGUACAAUAGUUAUUUGAUUACGUGUCUGUCUCCUCCAUUAGGGUCUGCAUACAAAUCUUGUCUUAAAUCAUCUUUGAAUUUGCAGUACAGUAGACACUCCACAGAUGGUUGAAUUGAUGCGCCUUGUCCACGGGGGUCCGAAAGGAGUGUAUGUAGAGGAAUGGAGAAGUCGGAAGGGGUAGGAAAGACCUCGGAUCCAUUGCCAAGGAGAGGAGAGCUGCACAGGUGUGGGAGCCACGAAGGUCCUAGAGCUUCGGUCCGACGUAAGGAAGUAGAGAACCACUUCUUCCGUUCUCCCGGCCCGGUAGGGUCACUUCCGGGAGGGGGCGGCGAGACAAGAGGAGGCGUGCGGGGAAGGAGGCAGUUUACGCUGCACCAGGCGGAAGUGUGCCGAAGGUUUUGGUGCUGCCACUUCCGGUCCGGGUAAAGGCUGCUGAGGUACGCUGCAUGGUCUGUGUCGGGCCGGGACAGCUUUCUGAGGGCAAGUCAGCGGGUCAAGAGGCGAGCACCGGCGUGUAGACUCAGAAGUCUGGAGUCUAGUGGUAAGAUCGGAAAAACAACCAGGAACUUGAAUACGAUCUAACCUCUGUUUCCGAGGGGGUAACUUCCACGGGGAACCCCUCUGCCCUGGUAACGGCCGAAGAGGAGAUGGCGCCAGUCAGGGAGCGGCCGUGGCCGACAAAGUGAGGAAGCGCGAAGGCAGAGCAGCCGGAGAAGCCUCGGGAGAAAACACCGGAGCCAUCGCUGCCGCCACCACCGCUACCACCAUGGAAGGGGCAAAGCCGACAUUGCAGCUCGUGUACCAGGCAGUGCAGGCGCUUUACCACGACCCAGAUCCCAGCGGAAAGGAGCGCGCCUCGUUUUGGCUUGGGGAGCUGCAGCGUUCGCCUCUUUGAAAUGUGCUGCUAGUGGGAGCUGCAGCUUCCUCCUGCUGACUCUGAGCCCCAGGCUUCGGUUGAGAUGGUCCUUUCAGAAAUGUGGAGCUUAGUCCAAGCCUGGAUUUCAGUGGGUAGCACCUGGCAUCUGUGGCUAGAAAGUCCUAUGAAGUAAAUACUGGUAAUAUUUUAAAGUAAGGUCAUUCCAGAAAAGACUCCCAUUUUGGGGAGACUUUAAGCUUCCCUUCACUGAAAUUUUUCUGAGAUUCUUAAAUCUUCCGAUUUUGGCUAGGAAAAUAUUGAGCUUCUUCUCAUUGCUAAAGCAAAAUAUAUAUUUAAAACAAAACAGAACCAAGGCUCCAACUGGGUUCAUGCAUGGGAGAUUUCAGACCAAUUGUUACAGAUCCGGCAAGAUGUGGAAUCAUGCUAUUUUGCUGCACAGACCAUGAAAAUGAAGAUUCAGACCUCAUUUUAUGAGCUCCCCACAGACUCUCAUGCCUCUUUACGGGACUCAUUACUAACCCAUAUCCAGAACUUGAAAGACUUGUCACCUGUCAUUGUAACUCAGCUGGCUUUAGCAAUAGCAGACCUUGCUCUACAGAUGCCUUCCUGGAAGGGAUGUGUACAAACAUUGGUAGAAAAAUAUAGCAAUGAUGUAACUUCUCUGCCUUUUCUGCUGGAGAUCCUUACAGUGUUACCUGAAGAAGUACAUAGUCGUUCCUUACGAAUUGGAGCUAACCGGCGUACAGAAAUUAUAGAAGAUUUGGCCUUCUAUUCUAGUACAGUGGUAUCUCUAUUGAUGACUUGUGUAGAAAAAGCAGGAACAGAAGAGAAAAUGCUUAUGAAGGUCUUUCGCUGUUUGGGAAGCUGGUUUAACUUAGGAGUUUUGGACAGUAACUUCAUGGCUAACAAUAAGUUACUAGCACUCCUUUUUGAGGUUUUGCAACAGGAUAAGACCUCAUCCAAUCUACAUGAAGCUGCUUCAGACUGCGUAUGCUCAGCUCUGUACGCCAUUGAGAAUGUGGAAACCAACUUGCCAUUAGCCAUGCAACUUUUUCAAGGAGUCCUGACAUUGGAGACUGCCUAUCAUAUGGCUGUGGCACGUGAAGAUUUAGACAAAGUUCUGAAUUACUGCCGUAUUUUCACUGAACUGUGUGAAACUUUUCUUGAAAAAAUUGUUUGUACUCCAGGCCAAGGCCUUGGGGACCUACGAACUCUAGAACUGCUUCUUAUCUGUGCAGGACACCCUCAAUAUGAGGUAGUAGAAAUUUCCUUUAACUUUUGGUACCGACUAGGGGAGCAUUUAUACAAAACUAAUGAUGAAGUUAUUCAUGGCAUCUUCAAAGCUUACAUUCAAAGGCUGCUUCAUGCCUUGGCUCGCCACUGCCAGCUGGAACCAGACCAUGAGGGGGUUCCUGAGGAGACUGAUGACUUUGGGGAGUUUCGGAUGAGGGUGUCAGACCUGGUGAAGGACUUGAUUUUCUUGAUUGGGUCUAUGGAGUGUUUUGCUCAGUUAUAUUCUACUCUGAAAGAAGGCAACCCACCCUGGGAGGUGACAGAAGCGGUUCUCUUUAUCAUGGCUGCUAUAGCAAAGAGUGUUGAUCCGGAGAACAAUCCAACACUUGUGGAGGUCCUAGAAGGAGUUGUCCGUCUCCCAGAGACCGUACAUACAGCUGUGCGAUACACCAGCAUUGAAUUGGUUGGAGAGAUGAGCGAAGUGGUUGAUCGAAAUCCUCAGUUCCUUGACCCUGUGUUGGGCUAUUUGAUGAAAGGACUGUGUGAAAAACCUCUGGCUUCUGCUGCAGCCAAAGCCAUUCAUAACAUUUGCUCUGUCUGCCGAGACCACAUGGCUCAGCACUUUCAUGGACUCCUAGAGAUUGCCCGUUCCCUUGAUUCCUUCAUGUUGUCUCCAGAAGCUGCUGUGGGCUUGCUAAAAGGGACAGCACUUGUCCUAGCCAGAUUACCUUUGGAUAAGAUUACUGAAUGUCUUAGUGAACUAUGUUCUGUUCAGGUUAUGGCAUUGAAAAAGCUGUUGUCUCAGGAGCCCAGCAACGGCAUAUCCUCAGAUCCCACUGUGUUUUUAGAUCGCCUUGCAGUGAUAUUUAGGCACACCAAUCCCAUUGUGGAAAAUGGACAGACUCAUCCGUGCCAAAAAGUCAUACAGGAAAUAUGGCCAGUUUUAUCUGAGACUCUAAAUAAGCACCGGGCUGAUAAUCGGAUUGUAGAACGUUGUUGCAGGUGCCUCCGUUUUGCUGUUCGCUGUGUAGGCAAAGGAUCUGCAGCCCUGCUGCAGCCACUAGUCACACAGAUGGUGAAUGUUUACCAUGUACAUCAGCAUUCCUGUUUCCUGUACCUUGGUAGUAUCCUUGUGGAUGAGUAUGGCAUGGAAGAGGGCUGUCGGCAGGGACUACUAGACAUGCUCCAGGCACUGUGCAUGCCCACCUUUCAGCUCUUAGAACAGCAGAAUGGGCUCCAGAAUCACCCUGACACUGUGGACGACCUAUUCAGGCUAGCCACCAGGUUUAUUCAGCGCAGCCCUGUUACCUUGCUGAGGAGCCAGGUUGUCAUCCCUAUCUUACAAUGGGCCAUUGCCUCUACUACCCUGGACCACCGGGAUGCCAACUGUAGUGUCAUGAGGUUCCUACGAGACCUCAUCCACACAGGGGUAGCCAAUGAUCAUGAAGAAGACUUUGAAUUACGGAAAGAACUGAUUGGACAGGUGAUGAACCAGCUUGGACAGCAACUUGUAAGCCAGCUGCUUCACACGUGCUGCUUCUGUCUCCCCCCAUACACCCUACCAGAUGUGGCCGAAGUGCUCUGGGAGAUCAUGCAGGUUGACAGACCGACUUUUUGUCGAUGGUUAGAGAAUUCCUUGAAAGGUUUGCCAAAGGAGACAACCGUGGGAGCUGUCACAGUGACACACAAACAACUUACAGAUUUCCACAAACAAGUCACUAGUGCUGAGGAAUGUAAACAAGUUUGCUGGGCCUUGCGAGACUUCACCAGGUUGUUUCGAUAGCUCAUACUCCUGCACUGUGCCUGUCACCCAGGAAUGUCUUUUUUAAUUAGAAGACAGGAAGAAAACAAAAACCAGACUGUGUCCCACAAUCAGAAACCUCCAUUGUGGCAGAGGGGCCUUCACCGCCACCAGGGCCUCCCGCCAGACAGGGAGAGACUCCAGCCUUCCAAGGCCAUCCUGAGGAGUUCCUGUUUGGGGGUGUGAGGGAAAAUCAGCGCGGUUUAAAAAAGAUGGCUGCAGCCUGUGCAGCGUGGUGGGAGGUGAGCUGGUUUCCUGGUGAACUUGUUUCUAAAAGGAAAAAUAAUUUUAAAGAAAUAAAAAAGGAAAAAAAAAAAAAGGAAAACUAAACUGAAAUCAGAACUGAAACAUUCUCCUGGUAGCAAAUGACACGCACACAUACGUACCUACACACACACACGCACGCGCACACACACA